AUGCCGCCCAUGGAACCUCUCCUCGUUCUUUUGCGGGUGGCAAAGGAGGUGUCGGCCGGGAUCCCCUUCCCAGGACUGAGCGCCGCUCUCAAGAUCGCCCUGACCAUUGCUGAGAAAGCCAAGGAAAUCGAAGACAUUCGCGAUGAAUGCCGAUUACUCGCUGAACGAGCCGCUUACUUCUCGUUGAGGGUCUACGACCAAAUGAAGCAAAGCGGCCGCGACUCCGCACCAUCAAUAACAGCAGAGGAGCAUAUCGAGCUACUGCUCUGCACACUGCGCGACAUAGAGAGCCUCAUGAAGCGCCGUCGCAAGAUACGGGCACUGAGCUUCCUGUGGCGGCAUAUGGACAUCGCUGAGGAGGUCCGAAAGCUGAGCAUACAGCUCGAGGAUGCCAUCAGACUGUUUGUUAUGCAAACUGGGGUUGAGACCCAGCAAAGGUUGAAUGCGCUUGCGAGCUCCAACACCCGCCUUCUGCAGCACGUCGAGGACUCCGCGCGCGUGGGAGACAUACCCAUCGGAGAGACAAGAAACAUCCGGUCUGGUGUUUUAGAUCUUGCGCAGCGCAUCAGCGGCGGCGCGACGUUUGACGGUAGAUUCCGGCUCUUUGCCCAAGAAAACCUUCACCUCGUAGAACCCAUUAGCGAGGCAAAUCCUCUGGGGGCGUUCCCGCGCCAAGCAGAUGAACACGACCUUGGCAACGUGCCUACGAAGCUACAGACCGCACGUGUCAUUCGCUACCGCGCCGUUGUGAAGGCGGCCGGCGAGCUUUCCGGCUCACAGGUAAUUGUUCAUAUGUACCCCGAUGGCGACAACGGCCGCUUCGUAGAGGCCGUCAAAUCGGCGAAGCAAACGUAUCAUCCGUAUAUAUUGGCGAUGCUGGGAUAUUCCCGCCCGGGAGACCCAGGCGAGGCUUCGUACAUCGUCACAGAAGACUAUCAUCCAUUCAUAAACUAUCUGAGCUCCUUUCAUGGAACGAAGAAGCUUCGCGUGUUCAUACAGAUGACAUCGGAGAUGUGUUAUACGCUCGGAGCGUGGGUGGGGCGUAACCACGAUGACAAGCCCUGGUCGGUGUUGCCUGCACGAAGCCCCUGGCUCGAGGUCGACCAGACGUUCGAGCGGGUACCAUACAUAAAUCUAUGGAAAAGCUCACCCCCUGACGCCCUCGCCGAGCUAUCUCGACACGCGGAUGACGAGGGCGAAGAGUAUUUCUCCCAGAAGAUGCGCAUGUACAAGCCGCUCGACGUCCCUGGCUUGGAGCAUGUCGAGAUAUAUCAAUUCAACUGCGUCUCCUUGGGCACGACGUAUCUCUUCCGACAAAGGGUGCACAUCUCAGACCGCGGAAACGCUGUCCUGAGACUACUGCGUUCGGCAUCGGACCUCCCUGCUGUCGGGUACAAGAGCAUCGGUAUACUUUCGGAAUACGUUUACUAUACGGAGACGACCGCCGCGUCCGCUGCGGAGCAAGCGCCCCCACCGCUCUGGUUCUUCAUGCUUCAAGCCGACGACGGCGACCACCGACGGGAUGCGGUCUGCGACGGCCACAUGCCAUGCGGCUUCUGGUCCUCAGACAAGCACCCCGCGUCGAUUCCGGCGGGCAUCGACUUUGAUCCAACGUUGCGACUUGAGCGCAUCGGGCGGGACAACGACUCAGCUCCGGUCUCAACUUGGACGCAGCGAAUUGCGGAUCUCACCUUCACCAUGCAGACAAAGAUGUAUAUCACCAUCGUGGAGCUCAGCGAGGACGAACGCAGCGCCGCUAGGGAACCUCGGGAGAACUCUUGUCUCAGCUCUGCUUGCCGUGACCCCGACAACGCAGAUUGUUCCGCCACCUACGACGAUCGCAGCGACGAUGGCGCCAAUCGUGAGGCAGCCGGUCGUUUUGAUCUCAGCGACGGCGACAGUGAGCCUGCUGCGGUACCCUCCAUAUCUGCGGGUUCGGAGCCCUAG